CACUUCUAACAGAAAAUUAUAAUGUCACAUCCCACAUGGCUACCACAGUAGAUGAUAAAGUGUCUUUUGAUCUGUUGGGGUUUCCAUUUAUUUGCAUGAUCACUGUUGCUGGCCUGGCAGUAUGCCAUGUAAUUGUUCUUAUCAUCUUCAUUGUGUAUAGAAUAAGGAGGAAAGCUGCUACCACCAAAGAGACAUCUACUGAAGCAUUUGAUACAUUACCACUCCAAGAUGCAGAAAACCCACCUCCAGAGAAUGAGUAUGCAGCUACUAAGCUUUCAGAAGAUUCUGGUUCUCCUCCAGUUCCACCUGUAAAGCCAGUCAUGUUCCCAGCCUCAAAUGGCCAAGAAGAUAAUCAUGAAGGACAGAUCGAGCAAGCAAGUUUUACAGAUUCUGGUUCUCCUCCAGUUCCACCUGUAAAGCCAGUCAUGUUCCCAGCCUCAAAUGGCCAAGAAGAUAAUCACGAAGGACAGAUCGAGCAAGCAAGUUUUACAGAACAUGAUGUCUUUCCCGCUCCAGUGGAUCAAAAUCUUUCAGCAUGUGGGCUCAGUAACAAUAAAGAAGAUUGUACUGCCAUGUUGCAUAUCGCAGAUUUUCCACCGCCACCUCCACCUGACAUGGGCUUUGAAGAGAAUAUAAUCUGGCAUCAAGAUGGAAAUGAUGAAAUUCCCAGAUUUUUAAAUUCCACAGAUGCUGAUCUUGACGGUGAUGGGUUUCCUCUUCCCUUACAAGAUGGCUCUGAAGUAUUUUGAAAAACAUCAGAAACCACCGUGUCUCAAGAUACAUGGAAGAAUGAAACCAAAUUUGAUGUUGAAAUAAGUCGACAUCCUGUGCUAUGGACACUGUAAAAUAAGACAAUUAUAUUUGCUACAUGGAGGCAAGUCCAGCCCCCACUCUAAGUGCUAUCAGUAAAAAUGAACUCUUGUUUAUAUAAAUAUAUUAUAGUAAAUGAUGUCAUACUUCAGAUAUACUAGUACAUAACCAUUUGACAAACAUAACAAACAUAACAAUAAUGAAUUACUCACAGUACAGUCAGAACUCCAGAAUUUCUAGUUAACUACAAAUAGAAUCAGUAUAUGUCUAAGUUAAAUGAAUAAUUAGUUAAAACAUAUUCACAAGGUCUCUUUCCAUAUCUUAUUGGAUAAUUUUGAAAAACAUUGUCAAAAGGCAUUUGUCAUCUAUGGUAAAAAUUGGAAGCUGCAAAGGAGGAACUAGACCAUUUUAUUUUUAAAGAAGAUGAUUUUUUUAGAGCUGUGGAUUUGUGCAGUAUUAAAUUAUAUUAUACCAGAGAUGUUAAAUGCCAUAUACGUAAUCAUGUUUUGCUCUCAGAUUCCUGCAGAGGCUUACAGGAAUCUUACAAAUUAAAUAAAAAGACUGAAACGUAUAAUUUGCCUGUAUGAAUCAGUACAAAAAUACUACUCAAAUGACAGAAAGAAAAGGUAGAAGUACCAGUGCUGUUUAUUAUAAAAUACGGUCAUCACUAAUUACCUAUUCAAACAAAUACAACUCAGAAUUUCAUUAUUUUAAAUGAUCUCCACCUGUAGAGGAAUACCAGUAUAUUCAUGGUAGAUAAAAUCUAGGAGUAGAAAUUUAUAAUCAAAUAAUGGAAGUUCGGAUUAAGGAGAACAUAAUUUAAGCAAGAUAAAGAAUGUAUGAUAUCAAAUAAAUACAAGUAUACACAUAAAUCCGAGAUGGAUGUGUUUUGGUGAAGAAAGCUUGGUAUCCUUAUGGUUCCCACCAUAUUUUAAGCAUACAUUUAAUGAUGCUAACAUAUACAGAAAAAUAAUUAGGUAGAACUGCUCAUAGCGUGCUGUUCCAAAAAACUACCUGUGGAAAUGUAAUGGAAAACCCUGGCAAAUGGCCAAAUCAUUUGUAAACAAAAGGCAAGCAAAUGUAACAAAAUAUUGGACAAUGUAAUAUUGGAGGUAAUAGAUAAACUGCCUUAAUGUUAUUAUUAGAAUGGGCCUACCAAGCAGAUGAGGUAACAAAAUACAUGGAUGGCAGCAUUUGUUGACUAUUCCAAAGCUUUUAAUAAUACCGUUAUAAGGAUGUAAUUAAGACCAUGAGAGACCUUAAGUCACAUAAUUGUCAUAUUUCACAAGAACAUGUGCUAUAAAAGUAAACAUAUGAGCAUAUGUUGCUCAGUGACAAAUUUAAUCAAAGGAAUUCCACAAGGCUCCAUAUCAGUGCCUUUAUUUUUAACAGUGUUGUUAAUUCAUUAGACAGACUGCAUUUUAAUUUAAUUGUUAGUUUAUGUGAACAUUCUUAUUUUACUUAGUGAAGGCACCAAUAAAAAGACUGCUUAAGCACAUUUGUCCUCUUGACUUGCAGAUGUUGCAAGACUGGUCUUUUGAUCUUUCACUGAAAAUGAUUAUGACAAAAACAAAGAUAACGGGCCUUUUGGGAAUCCUCCUAAAGAGCAUGCAGCUGGAGAAAAUGGUGGGGUUACUGAAUGGGUGCAUUAGCUCACCUAUCUUGGGACUGAAGUUGAUUGGCUGUUGAAAUUUAAUGCUCAGGUUGAUUUAUUAUGUAAAAAUGAAUCAUGUCAGGUUAGCACAACUGAAUUUUGUUUGAAAACUCUACCAUAUUAGAUCAGGCAUCUAUAGGAAAAUCUCUUUUGCUAUCUAGAUUUGAUUACAACCUAGCAUAUUGGAUGGAUGUAGUAUGUUUUUGCUUGGUAAAUUAACUGUACUAAAUAGCUUUAUGUUAAACUUUAUGUCUCAAAUUAAUUAUUCCACCUACCAUUGUAUUUUAUACUAAUUAGUGAAAGAAAUUUCACUAGGAAAUAGAAUAAAAUAUCAGAUAGGCCUGUUGACAUGUAAGCAUAUGAAGUAUCACUAUUUAAUAUAUCACAGUUAUUUAUUAAUUUUAAUAAGAAAGUUAUAAGAUCCAGCAUGUAUGUCCCUUGGUUUAUCUCAAGAUAUACAAAAAAAUAA